UCUGCCUCUAUUACUUAGGGACGUUUCCGUAUUUAAUUUCUACUAGGAUGAAGACGAAAUUCGCCUGCGCAGAGGAGCCCCGGAACUCUCUGGGCUUGUUGAUGAGUUCACCUGGAGGGCUAGUGACCGGCCAGAGAAUGGCGGAGUCAGUGGUGUCGGAAAACCGAGACCAAGAAGAGGCAGGCUGCAGGGAGAAGGCAGACGAGCCGGACCCCCGCACCAGGCGCAAGGCUUACCGUUGGUGUAAGGAGUUCCUGCAAGGGGCGUGGGAGUCCCUGGAGGAGGAGCGCUUCCAGAUCGGCGUUAUACGAGGUGGCCUGAGUAACAUGCUGUUUCAUUGCUCCUUGCCAGAAGAUGAGCUCUGUUUGGGCAAUGAGCCACGGAGUGUUCUGCUGCGGUUAUAUGGCACUAUUUUGCAGGUGGUAUUCCUCUUUGGUUUGUGGGCGGGGAGAAUGUCUUGUAACAAAGGAGAAAACAAAGAGACCCAAAGGGAGAAUUUCUUCCAAGGUACUGCAGCUAUGGUAAUGGAAAGUGUAAUGUUUGCAAUCCUGGCAGAAAGGUUCCUUGGUCCCAAGUUGUAUGGGAUCUUUCCACACGGACGUCUGGAGCAAUUCAUUCCAAGUCGAAAGCUUCAGACUGAAGAAUUGAGUUUUCCUGAUAUAUCAGCUGAGAUAGCGGAAAAGAUGGCCCUUUUUCAUGGCAUGAGCAUGCCAUUCAACAAGGAACCCAAGUGGCUUUUUGGAACAAUGGAGAAGUAUUUGAAGCGGGUACUGAAAAUAAAAUUUACCAAAGAAUCCCAUACCAUAAAGCUGAACAACUUUUUUACGUACAAUCUUCCUAAAGAAAUGGCUAAUCUUAGGGCGAUACUAGAAGCAACUCACUCUCCUGUCGUGUUUUGUCACAAUGAUUGCCAAGAAGGAAACAUCCUAUUACUGGAUGGAAGGGAAAAUUCUGAAAAGCAGAAACUAAUGCUGAUAGAUUUUGAAUACAGCAGUUACAAUUAUAGGGGUUUUGACAUUGGAAAUCAUUUUUGUGAAUGGAUGUAUGAUUACACCUAUGAGAAAUUCCCCUUCUUCAAAGCCAAUUUUUCAAAGUAUCCCACAAAGAAACAACAGCUUCAUUUUAUAUCUAUUUAUAUAAGAGAAUUUCAGCCCAGGUUUGAAAACCUGAGUAAUGAAGAGAGAAGUAAGGUUGAGAAUGACAUGCUGAUUGAAAUUAAUAGAUUUGCUCUUGCAUCCCAUUUCUUCUGGGGUUUGUGGUCUAUUGUUCAAGCAAAAAUCUCAUCUAUUCAAUUUGGGUAUAUGGAAUAUGCCAUGGCGAGGUUUGAUGCCUAUUUCCUACAUAAGAAGAAAUUAGGACUGUGA